UCUAGACAAAAAAAUACAUAUGCAUGUGUAUAAUCGGGCUGGUUCGGGUUGGAUAGUGAGAAAAUUAUAUCGACCCAUUAUCCGCAAUAUUCGGGUUCGGGUUUUACCCGUACCCACUAAACUCUUUCGGGUUCGAGUUUUACCCUACCAUAUUAGAUCGGAUUUGAACGAAUAUCCACGAUUACAGAUACUUUUGCUAUCGACGGCGCUAGGGAGGUUCCACUAGUGAAUGGUGGUCGGAUUGGUGGAUGCGCCGCUGCGGGAUUGUGAUAGUAUGUUUUGGAAGAAAAAUGAAUAAGGAGAGACUUUUCAUUAGGGAUGGCAAUGGGGCGGGUUUGCCUAAACCAUCCCCAUCCCCAUUACCAAAUACCCAAACCCAUACUCGCCCCAUACCUAUGCGGAGUGAGGUUUUGCAAACCCAUCCCCAUACCUAUGGGUUUCGUAUACCCAUGGGUAAUACUCGCAUCGUAUAAACAAUAUUAUUAUAUCUAAAGUUCUAACAUGUAUGUAUUCAAUUAAAACACAAAACAUACAUAAUAAAUAGCGGAAAUCAAUAUAGUUAUAGUAUUUCUUAAUAGGAAUAAGCAUUCAAUUCUAAAUAUUGAUUAAUCAAUAAAACAAAAUGAAAAUAUAAUAUUAUAUCAAAACAUUCAUCUUCGAAUCUAACACAUUUAUAUAGUAAAUAGUUAACAUAAACUUGUAAACUAGACAAAACCUAUUACUAUCUCAUCAACAAUUUUGGUAAGGUGGUCGUCUGACUCGUCUCCAAGAUGAUUCAGGAGUCAGGAGAGGAAAGGCGGCGACAUUGAGGAAUUGAGAAAGUAAACUGUAGCCGGCUGAGAGGAUAAAAAAUUUCAAGGGUUCUGAUAAACAUAAUUACAUUUUAAUUAUAUUUUCUUAUUUAAUUACCUUCAUGCUAUAAUAAUUUCUAAAAAAUAUAUUUAUAGCUUUUUACGCAUAGCAAAAUACCUUCAUGGGGCGGAUUUGGGUAUGGGUAUGAGGCGGGGAUGCUAAAACCAUACCCGGCUCAUACUCAUCAAGUUGUUUGCGGGUUUUACCCAUACUCGUCCCAUACCCGGUCAAUGCGGGGAUUCCCCGCGUUAACUGGGUCGAAGAUGGCGGAUACCCACGACCAUGGGUUCGAUUGUCAUCCCUACUUUUUAUUUAAUUUGUUUUUAAGGGAGGAAAAUUAAGUAAAUUUAUAUUUUAAGUUAGGGCGAAAAUAGAAAAUCUAGAGAAAUGUGAGCCAUCCCGUUAAAAAGACAACACAUGUAUUUUGAAAUCCUACCUCCGCCGUGAUCGGGAGUGUGGCAGAAAUUCAUCAUCGCCUCAAAACGUGAUGGAAAAAUGGCGAGUAAUUCUCAAUAGUAUAAUUCUAUUUCGAUAUCCAAUAUGGUCCUAGAAAAGAUAUAGUCCGUAGUAACACAGUGAGAGGUGGAAAUCUUAAUCCAGAGAAAAUGCCACUGUCGACUUCUGAAUCAAGGAGUGGUGGGAUUUUGAUCUUACAAGCGAGUUGAAUAUCUCCUAACUCGUCUAAUUUACACAGCAAACUGCUAAAAAUGAAAUCUAAAAUAUGAUUCACGCGCUUUUCCUUGCCUAUAUAGAACUCCCAGCUCAAUCCUAAGCUGUAACUAUUGGAAACAGAAGCCACUGCAAUUCGUACCAAGCUGUAGAGAAUAGGUUCCAUAGAGUUUACACAAGAACUCACCUGACGUAGUUCUAAGAUCACUCUGAGUCCUCAAAAUCAAUGGUUGGUAUUCUCCGAGGAAUAGCGAGAUAUGAGAAGUUUGUCAUCUUCUUUAUGGCCAACACCGGAGAUCGGCUCCUCCGGACUGAGAAUCCUUUCCCCUUUAGUGCAUCAAACAGAGCUCCCAUGUCCAUCUCCUUGUCGAGAGCAUUCUCAUUCUCUUCCUCAAAACUGGAGAAACGAAAAAGCAGAACUUGCAAUGAGUGAGAUGUAGAAUCAGGAAUCAAGCUUAUUAAAAUCGAUGCAUCUAUAAAAUACAGUUACAGGAUAGGAGGUGAUGUUGAAUGGACGGGGUCCGGAUCGGGUCAGUAACUGAUGGGUCAGUAACCCCUUCCGCGGUCCCCACGUGUCAGUCACUUUUUUAUUUAAAUUAAAUGUGGAAAGGGCA